UUUAAAGAAAUUGUAUUUAUUCUGUAAUUAUACAUUGCCUAUUUUGUCACUGCUAACUCUUAAUAGAAAACAGGCCUGUGUAUUAAGUGCAAAACAGUUAUCGGCAAACUAGUGAAAGCAGUGAAGUGUCGUACUAAGUGAAGGCACAAGGACGCCAAGAGAUUGCGGCGGCGCACAUUCCAACACACGCACGCGCGCUUUUCUGCCAAGGCCGAGCCACAGGCUCUAUCGUUAUCGUUUUUUGUGGCAGCAAAAGCAACAGCAGGACUAAGCCGCAGCAUCAGCUCACACAUUUGCCAACAUGAGCAAGGAAAUCUACUAUUCGGAUAAAUAUUACGACGAAAAAUUCGAGUAUAGACAUGUUGUCUUGCCGAAGGAGCUUGUCAAAUUGGUGCCCAAAACACACUUGAUGUCGGAGGCGGAAUGGCGUGCGAUUGGCGUACAGCAAUCCCGCGGCUGGAUACAUUAUAUGAUCCAUAAGCCGGAGCCGCACAUUCUGCUAUUUCGGCGACCCAAAACAGAGGAGUAGAAGAUGUGCGUGCGUAGCGCAGAAACAGAAAGGGGUCGAUCCGCACGAGCAACAACAACAAUAACUGCCACAGCUGUAAAACAUACACACACACACACACAGAGGCAUUGUCAUGCCUGCAUACAUACAUAGAUAUGUGUGUGCAAACGACGUCCGGCAGCUGCUGCUGCUGCUGCUGCCUCUGCCACAAAAGGUGGUAAAAACAACUGUUGCUGUCAGCCAAGGAGCGUACCCUACACACGCACACACACACACGCACACACACUCGCACACUACAUCCCUGUAAAAGUAAAAUCUCGUUUAACUAAGUUGCCAUUUGGGUUUUGAGCGCUAUUCCCGACAUUGUCGCAGAAUGUGCAAAAACAAACAAGAAUAAGGAGUUGCCAUUACCUUUUUAAUAUGUUGCCUUGAAUUACGUUUUUAAAAACACCUUACCAAGAAACAUGAUGCUGUCCCCCCACACCCCACCCACAACACUUCUUUUAGCUCGUAGUUUGUCUUAGAAACCGUGAAAACAAAUGUAAAAAGCCUGCAGAUCUGCGUGAAUAUUCUUUUGAAUUUCACUUUUCUGCGCAUUAUUGCUUAAAUAGAAAUAUGAUAAAAGAAAUA